UGUGCGCCGCGCACUGGGUGAGUGUGGCGCGAAAUCCGCUCCCGUCGGGCGCUGUGCGGAGACAUCCCGGGGCCACUCUUCGGGGUGUGCGGCCUUAGUCCCUUCCCCGCCAACCUCUGGAGUCCAAGGCCGGUCUUGCCUGCCGUCUUCCUGCUGCGGGGCCGGAAGGGGCGGUGUGGUCGGGAACCCGGGGCCCAAAGGGAAGACAACUCCCUCCAGGCGUGGGGCUUAAGGACUGCCCACUCCCACGAGGUACGUCGAGAAGGAAGGAAGGUAUGGCCUCCGGGCUUCCGACGGCCUGGUUUCGUGAACCAGUGACCUUUGAAGAUGUGACCUUGGGUUUUACUUCAGACGAAUGGGGACUGCUGGACCUCGAAAAGAAGUCCCUGUACAGGGAGGUGAUGUUGGAGAACUACAGGAACCUGGUCUCAGUGGAACAUCAGCUUUCCAAGCCAGAUGUGGUAUCUCAGUUAGAGGAGGAGGAAGCGCUCUGGUCGGUGGAGAGAGGAAUUCCUCAAGACACCUUUUCAGAGUGUCCUGCAGCUCAGUUGGACCCUCAAGUGGAUCCUCUUCCUGCUGGGAAUCCCCUGAUGAAGAUCGAAGUCGUUGAAGUCCUCACACUGAACCAAGAGGUAGCUCGUCCCCGAAAUGCCCAGAUUCGGGCCCUGUAUGCUGAAGACGAGGGCCUAAGCCCAGAAGUACUUGGGGAGCCCACUCAACAGCUAGGCAAGCAUCCAGCUGACCCUGAGGCUGCACGCCAGAGGUUCCGGGGGUUCUGCUUCGAGGAGGUGGCAGGGCCCCGAGAGGCCCUGGCCCGGUUGCGUGAGCUGUGCCGCCAGUGGUUGCAGCCCGAGGCGCACUCCAAGGAGCAGAUGCUGGAGCUGCUGGUGCUGGAACAGUUCCUGGGUGCGCUGCCCAGGAAGCUCCAGAGGUGGGUGCAGUCACAGCACCCAGAGGACUGUCAGGAGGCAGUGGCCCUGGUGGAGGAUGUAACCUGGAUAUCUGAGGAGGAAGCAUUACCUGCCCAGGACCCCACCUGCUCUCUUGAGACCACAGCUCCUCAGGAAGAGAAGGAGGAGAACAUGACCACCUGGCCGGCAAAGGCGCCACCUGAGGAACCAGUGACCUUCCUCGAUGUGGCUGUGGACUUCAGCAAGGAAGAGUGGGGGCUGCUGGACCCGAUGCAGAGGACCGAGUACCACGACGUGAUGUUAGAAACCUUUGGACACCUGGUGUCUGUGGGGUGGGAGACUACACUGGAAAGUAAAGAGUUAACUCCAAAGUCUGACAUCCCUGAGGAAGAACCAGCCCCUGACCUAAAAAUGGAAGAAUUCUCAAGGGAUGACACCUGGUCCUCUACCUCAAGAGACCUCUUGCAGGGUGGGACCCAGGAAGUCUUGGACACAGCACUGAAGCAAGUGGAGCUCACUCAGGAAGAAACCCUCCCUCAGAAAAGCCCCCAGUCCCAGGCAAACACUGGCCUUGUCACCAGCCCUAUCUCACUCCAGAAAACUCUGCCCAGGAAACGCUUGCGCAAGCGUGGCUCGCGGGUUAAGAAGGUGACGCGUGGUCCAUGUGUAAAAAUUCAUCAGAAGGGCCACAGAGGGGAAAAAGCCAGAGAAAAUAGUGGUUGUGGGAGAGCCUUCAGCCGGAGCACUCAGCAGAUUACGUUCACAAGAAUUCACAAAGGGAGCCAAGUUUGCCGAUGCAGUGAAUGUGGCAAAACGUUCCGGAAUCCAAGAUAUUUCUCUGUACAUAAAAAAAUCCACACAGGAGAGAAGCCCUACGUGUGUCAGGACUGUGGGAAGGCGUUUGUUCAGAGCUCCUCCCUCACACAACAUCAGAGAGUCCACACCGGAGAGAGGCCUUUCGAGUGUCACGAGUGUGGGCGGACCUUCAAUGACCGCUCGGCCAUCUCCCAGCACUUGCGGACUCACACCGGAGCCAAGCCCUACCAGUGUCAGGACUGUGGGAAAGCCUUCCGCCAGAGCUCCCAUCUCAUCCGGCACCAGAGAACGCACACGGGGGAGCGCCCCUACAUGUGCAGCAAAUGUGGAAAGGCCUUCACCCAGAGCUCGCACCUCAUUGGGCAUCAGAAGACGCACAGUGGGGUGAAAUGCAAGAAGAAACAGCCUACCUCAUAGCCCUCAAGCUGAGCCGGUUGAAGAGACAUGGCCUUUUCAGCCUGAUCCUGCAAUGUAACACGAACGGGCGUGGUUGGCAUUUGGAACUGAAUAUGAAAAGCAGCACUGAGUGAUGACGUUCUCAAGACCAAAGGACAACCAGGGAGACCACCCUGCACACAAGUAAAUGAGAAAACUGGUGGGGAGUUGUUGCUAGUGAAUAUAAGUUGGAAAAACAUUUAAUUUUUCACUCACUUGAUUUGCUGUUAUAAUUUGUUUGCUCAUUUGGUCAUUAAAAGUGAUACUAGUGAAACCUGACCAUGUUUAUAAUGUAAGUUUAAAAAGCCAGGUACCAAAAAGUCUGUGCACUGAUAUUAUAUUUGUGGUAUUUAUGCAUAUGGACAAGGACAAAAAGAGAACAAAGAUAAAUAAACUAUAUAUUUCUGUGAUAGAAA